UGGGAGAUCAUCUUGGCGUCCAUGGCAGUCCUCUUUCAAGCACAAGAGCAACUGGUCACGGAAAUGCUCCUCGAAGAGGCGAUGGUCCGUCAGGAGAGCCACAAGACAACAUCUCACUUCUACCCGAUGAAGUGGCAGACGCAUGUGGUGCGGCCUACCUAGAUGUACCCAGCGUCGUCCGUUGGGGCCAGACAGCACGAAGCUGUCAGGGACUAGCGCAUAAGCUGACAGAAGCUGUCUUUGCUUAGGAUGUCUUCGGAUUCUACACUUGUCUGAUGCUGUGUUUGCUUAGGAUGUCUUCGGAUUCUACACUUGUCUGAUGGAUUAGCCAUUUCUCAAGUGGGAUCAUUUUUCUUACGAUGUCUUAGGUUGGUCAAGAACUGAAGGCUGCUUGACCAAGGGAGAACUGAGGAAGGCUAACAUAGGAUCCCGAAAAGAAGAAAGAAAAAUCAGUACCAGUCGGUCUACUCUCUGAUUCGGGAUAAUUAUAGUCGUAGUUCUGGUGUCAUGAUCAUUUUCUCUGUUUGAUGAGUAGGUUGAUGACUUUCAAGAAUCCUCUAAUCCAACCAACUAGAGGCACGAGCAGGAAGAGACGACGACUUGAACGCCUUGAUGGAGCUAAGGCACUAUGCGCGUAGUGGGUCCCUCUCUGCCAUCAAAGGGUAUGCAAGUGCGCUGGAAGGGGCAGGCGGACAUCAAAAUCUCCUGGUCUGGACAACAGCACAGAGUAGAAAGCCUUCAAUUAUGACUCCUAGUAGUUGCUCCACUGGCGCUGCUCGUGGUACACCUUCACGAGGAUCCAAUGUGGGUUUUGCCCUUAACUUUGAUGAGCAGGUGGAGGAAGC